AUGGUUGAGAAAGCUGGGAAUGCUGUGAUCCUUGCUGUCUACAUCGUCACCUUCCUGAUUGGCCUCCCUAUCAACGUCAUGGCCUUAUACACAUUCCUAGUGAAAGUAUGGAAGAAGUCAACCCCCAUUGACAUCCUCUUGCUCAACCUGACUGUGUCCGACAUCAUCCUUCUGCUCUUCCUGCCCAUCAAGAUGGUGGAGGCUGCCUCAGACAUGGCCUGGACUCUCCCUACCUUCCUUUGCCCUCUCACCAACUUCUGUUUCUACAGCAGCAUCUACAUCAGCACCCUUUUCCUCACGGCGGUCAGCGUUGAGCGUUACUUGUGCGUGGCCCAUCCCGUCAAGUACAAGGCGAAACGCCGGACCGCCUACACAGUGGCGGCCUGCUUCUUCAUCUGGCUGCUGACCUUUUCCCACCUCAGUGUGGUCUAUUUUGUGGAAUACCACUAUAAGACUCACGAAAACAGCUCCAUAUGCUACCGGGAGUUCACUGGUGACCAGCUGGCCAUCGUCCUCCCUUUCCGGCUAGAACUCUGCAUUGUCCUCUUCUGCCUCCCUUUCCUCAUCACCUGCUUCUGCUACAUCAACGUGAUCCGCAUCCUGGCCUCCCUGCCCAACGUUAAGCCCCAGAAGAAGAAACGGGCCAUGGGGCUGGCGGUGGCCACUUUGCUCAACUUUGCCGUCGCCUUUGCUCCCUACAACGUCUCCCACGUUGUGGGUUUCAUUCAAAAAAUGAGUCCUUCCUGGAGAAAUCAGGGCAUCCUCCUGAGCUGCUUCAACACCACCUUGGAUCCUCUCAUCUUCUUCUUCUCCUCUACCGCCAUCCGGCAAACCUUCACUGACUGCUGGGGUGGUAUAUGCAGGAAACUACGCUUUGCUGUGUCAUGCUGCACUUGCUGCAAGAAGCCUGGGAACAUGAACAAAGAAGCAGAAGUUGACAGAGGAUCUGUUUCAAGCAUGCAGAGUGAGUCACCUGAGACCUGCAUGCCCACCGAAGCCUCUUCUGACCACCCCACAAGGACCUGGGCCAUCAAAGCUUUGGACACUCUGCCAGAAGUUCAGGGCACAGGGCACCGAGGUCACUCAUAA